AUGAUGUACUCUCGUUCUGUACUCUUCACGGUGGCUGCCGCCUCCAUCACCUUCGUUAACGCUGCUCCCCAAUUCGACGUCCCUAGCGAUGGCGCUACCUGUUACUCAUAUGGUGUUGACUUUAUCGAUGAAGGAAGCUACUUCAUUAAUGCAACAUCGACCGAAGACUUUAGUGCUGUCUCUUACUUCCAAGGCUGCAACAAAGAUGGUGAGGCCGAUGUCAUGCUCAUCGCACCAGAGGAUGCACCUGGAGAGACGGAAUUCAUAUGCGACCAAAUCCCUACAACCCCUGACAAUACGAAUGAAAUCUCGAAAUGUCCUAUUCGGAAGGACCAGAUGGUUUCAGGUCACUGGCUCCUUCUCGUUAUGGGAAACAAUGGUUACGAAGCCGAUGGCGUAACGAACGGCAAGCCUUUCGCAUGGCAAAGAGAUUUGUACUUGACCGUCGGUACAGCGGUCACUACCACAUAUACCCCAACAGUGACUGCGUCCAUGACUGAGACACCUACAAUGACUCAGACUAUUAUUACCACCUCGACUGAUGUUGUCACUGCUGGACCAACCUCGACUGUUACCGUACCUAGUGGCACGGCCAAGAAGAUCAAGACAGUGAGGCCCAAGGCAGUCACCACGACAUCUACGAAAACUAUGACCCGCACUAAGGUCUCCUGGACCAAACAAGUUGGUGUCACUACCAAGACUGUCACAGCCACCUGCACCACUCCAGCUCAUGUUGGUAGGCCUGACAAGCCUUGCACGUACUCUCCCACCAAGAUCCACCCCGCGGCCCUUGAGACACCAACUCACAUACCUAACUACAACCGCUUGUUCCGCAAGGGCGACCGUGAGGUCGACUACGAGUGGGCGCGUGCUCGCAUUGAGGCCGCAAAGCAGAGGCGCGCUGAGCAGGCUGGAAAGCUUGAUCGCCGUGCUCCUGACGCUCCCACAACAACUGUCACUUACGGAACUCCAGUCUCAGUAGUCGCUACUAUGACUGCGCCAGCUAUUACCACAACCGAGACUGUUCUGCUCACAGCCUCUGCUACGACAACGCUUCCUCCUCCCACUGUUCUCUCCGGUCUUCUGACUUUGACCACUACGCUGCCAACUCCGACAAAAACCAAGUUCAGGCUAGCCUUUGCCACCACAACUAAGGUCAUCACUUUCGGCGGCACAUUUACUAAGACAACAACGGUAACUCCUACGGCGGCAGUGAGUGCCUGCAGGAAGCACGGUGGUCAUUUCUGGCGGUUCUAG